GCCUUUAUUGCUGUCACGUGAUUACUUGAAACAACAUUAAACAUGGCGGACGAAGAAGAAGCUGAACCUAGAUUAAAAGCGGACCCAUACGGACCGCGUUUGAUCGAACUUUACCGAGGGGAAAAUGGAUUUGGAUUUAACGUUCGUGGCCAAGUGUCUGAGGGGGGACAACUUAAGUCUAUAAACGGUGAAUUAUAUGCUCCGUUGCAGCACGUAAGUGCCGUUUCGGAGAACGGCCCCGCUCAUUGUGGAGGUCUUCGCAUAGGAGACAGAAUCCUCGAAGUGUAAGAAGAUUUACUUUUUUGUUGUUGUGAUUUUUGCAAGGGAAACCUUUCUUUUUUAAAGAGUUCGGUGCUUCCCCGGAAUACUGAUUUUUCAAUUUUUGCGCUUUAAAUGAAUUGAAGGUGAAAGUUGCAAUGAUUUGUUUCUGACAAGAGGACUUAAGGCUUGUACACAGUGAACGCUAGCUGUUUGUUUCACAACUUAUUUUCUAGACAGCUGUCUUAACGAUGUUUUCGCUGUCAUUUGGAGUGAUAAAAAUGAGGCACAGGAUAUUUACUUUGUCGCCAACAAUUUUUCUGUUUGAUUUCUGGAGAUUUCUUAAGUAAUUUAUAUACAGUAAUGAAAAUACUUGGAGUGGUGUUGCAGCUGUCCGAUAGGUCAAGGUUAAUUGAAUGUAAUCGAAUUAAUGUAUGAUAAUACCACCGAAAUCUACUGCUGUUACUCUUUUGGUGAUUGUUCAAGUGGCUGUACUUGAGCUUAAAAUAGAACAGCGAUCUACUUAAGCCAUAACCAGUUUCUAAUAUGAACAAUUCCUGGAGCAGUCAAUCAAUAAAAAUCGCUAGCAAUCAAUUGAUUUUUAUCUGUUGAUACCGGAAAUUGGUGAAAAUCAAUAAACUAAAUUGCUGUGUCAAAAUAUCGAUUUUUCAUGAUUUUAACGAUUUAUAAUGGAAGUCCGCCUUUGUGGUUCAAUGUAUUUGGCAAAAGUUAGAUAGUACAGCUGAGAAAACACAUCUAUGAGUAACAACUAAUCAACAAACAUGAAAAGUUAGAUAGUACAGCUGAGAAAACACAUCCACGAGUAACAACUAAUCAACAAACAUGAAAAUGUGGAAACUAUUACACACACGUUUCUCUCUAAAACCUGUUAUUUUUUUCAAAAUAACAAAAACAGUUCAGUUUAAGUACAUCCAGUUCUUGCUGGCAAGUAUCACGAGAAAUAUAACCCUGAUAAAGAUCUCCUAUCCUGAAUUUCAGACAACCCCUCGAGUUGAAGGGGCCAGUGUCUGAACUAGAUUCAGAUUACCCUAGAUAGAUUUUGACCAUUUUCCAUUAUCAAUCGAUAAAAAUCACUCAAUUGCUAACAAUUUCCAUUGAUUUUGAUUUUAAUUUAUCUAUUGGCUACUCCAGGAUGUAACUACACCCGGAAUUUUGAAAGAGAUAUGUGGCAGGUCUAAACCACGAGAAACUGGGUGCCUUUAAACCGGGCCAAAAUCAGCCAUCAGAAGGAAGAUUUUAAACCAGGUUUUAAAGAAAAGAUAAGGUUUUUUUAAAAGAUUUUUUUUAAUAAAGUGAGGGCAGUUGUUUGAUCCUUCGAGUCUCAUUCUUAUUCUUAGCAAUGGUGAAAAUGUGGAGGGAGCGACACACAAACACGUUGUGAACCUGAUUAAAAAAGGAGGGGAUAAGUUAACAUUGGUGGUUAUAUCUGUGAGUCAACAUGCUGCUGAAAAGCUGGAUAGUGAUAGCUCAUCUGGAGGCGAGGAUUAUGAUUAUUCCGACAAGUGUGUUAUACCAUUAUCCAUACCAGAGAUGCGUCAAGUCACUAGUAAUGGUGAAACAUACAUGGUAGGUAAUGCUAGUGUCUUUACACUUGUCCCAAGGACACGACAAGCACAUCUUAUAUUUUGCUUGCUAAGGUCAGCCCUGUGCUUGGGUUAGUUUGGGGUCUUACAAAAUGCAAUGCAGUUAUAAAAUGUAUUGUAGUUACAAAAUGACUGAGACCUAGUCAUUUGCCCAUAGGGCAAGUGAGUAUAAACAGGGUACAGCUGGACAGGACAUUUUUCAAGCUCUGAUAGCAAGCAGCAUAUGUCACUUUUUUCAAGAAGAAGUCAUAAAUAUCUGUUAACUUAUUGUUCAGGGCCCGAAAAAAUUCCCAAACCACAAACAAGUCAAUUUCCUUGCUGAGCAAGUAACUUUCUAAGAAGAGUAACAAGUGGCUCCAGGCAAGCAUAAAAUGUGACUAGAGCUACUUUACCAAAAGACAAGUUGGAAUUCAAGUCUUUUUGAGCCCUAUGUUGUGUAACCUCUUAAGAGCACUGGAUUACAAACUGUCUAUAGUAAAUUGAACUGAAGCAGCAAUCAAGCGAAUUUCUUUAUUUUCAAAUUACACUUCCAGCACAUUAAGUACUAAAUUAUUAAUUUUGUUCUUAUUAUUUUAGGUUUAUAAUAUAUAUUUUGAAGACAAGCAUAUUUGUUCCAGAAGAUACAAAGAAUUUUCAAAUUUACAUAACAAGGUGAGAAAUUUAGUUCAUUCAAUACUAUUAAAAUGUCAACAGAUUAUUUUACAAAUAUAUUUGUUAACAUGGUCUACGGGAUGUACUUGUUAAACUAUCUUACAGGGCCAGUGUGGUAUAAUAUCAAAAAGUUGUAAACAUCUAAUAAUUAUCUUAAAACCUUCCAAAUUUUAUAACAGCAAUUCAUUAUGAGUUUAGAAUAUCUUGCAUGUUCUUGAGCUUUUCUAAAGUUCUUAACUUAUAGUUAUCAUGAAUUACCAUGCCGAAAAACAAAAUAAGGAAAGUAAUAAAUAUAGAGUCAACUCUCUCUAAGACAUCAUACACCUUUGGGACCUGCACUAUUGUAGGUGCCCGCAGUCUAUAAGAGUGAUAUCUGUCUUACAGAGACUCAAAUAAAGGGAGUAAAGAAAGGUAGGGGUCAACUCAGUAACAGAGGUGUCUUUUAUGACAGAGUGGACUGUAAACAGUAGAGGGCUAAUUGUUAAUUUUAUACCUUAAAUUUAGCUCAAAAAGGAGUUCAGAGAUUUUCAGUUUCCAAAGUUCCCUGGAAAAUGGCCAUUUAAUUUGUCAGAUCAACAGUUAGAAUCUCGAAGGAAAGGUCUGGAAUCCUACCUUGAACAAGGUAAUAGUAGUAAAUAAAAUAAUUAUUGCUAUCUAUUUUGUAUAUUCAGCAUAAAGUCAAAUGAAACCACAGCAUGGCUUCAGUGUAGUUUCUCUCUCAUAACUGGCUUGGAACCUGGUGAUUUGCAAUAAUACUUCAUCAUUAUCAUCUUCAUGAUUCUAUAUUGUAGCAGUAAUGAUUCUCUGUCUUGCCUAUACUGUACAUGUUCUUACAAUAGCAAACUGCAGCAAGCCUUGUGACCAAUAUGUCUUAGACUUGUACCUAUUGUUUGCAAACAAAUUUGAUGUAAGAUGGCAGGUAGUGUCAUUUUAGCUAGGAGAAAACCACCAAGAGUUUCCUAAAUUUCCGUAAGCAAAAUGUAAACCUUGUUAAGAAUUGAAACCAUACUCCAGGCCCUCUUAGAAAUAUUGGCGUAUUUCAACUUUAUGUGGGCUUGAAAACUCUUUUGUCCUCAUUGUAUUGAUUGUUAACUAUUAAAUAAGCUUACUUUGUCUCAAGCUCUGCCAGUUUGACAUUAAACAUUCUCUUUCAGGGUGGACAAUUUUGGUGUUUUUUAAACAUCCAAUAAAAGCAUUUUUUUUUUUUUUUGCCACUCAUUGUCAAUCACAAAUCAGACUUGGUUGUCAGACUAUGGUAAAAGAGAAUAACGUCUUAAAGUAUGAACCAAUUGUUGGUUCAUACUUUAAGAAGUGCAUAUAUCAAGUUUUGGAUGCACUUGGGAAGUUUGGAGAGCACUCACUAACCUACACUUAUUUUUCUCUCAUGCUCUCCAAACUUCCCACAUGCAUCCAUAAUUUGAUACAGCUGUAUACGCUUGCUAAGCAUAAACCAAUCUUAAAUACAUGGGAAUUAUAAAAUAGAUGAGAAUGAGCUGACUAACAUUGUUUCAUUGCAGUAAAUUCUGUGAGAAUUAUAGGAGAAUCAGAUAUCAUGGAAGAAUUCCUGAAAUCCUCUGAAAACCAUGUUGUGGUAAUUUUAGCAUUUCAUUGAUUUCACCAACCUGUUUCUUGUCAAUAAUAUCAAUGCUCACCAAAAGUGAAACUUGACUAAAAUAGAUGUAUGCACCAAGAAUAAUUUUCUCAGUAGUCUGCACUCUUUUUAUGUACUUCACCUUCUGUAGGUAAAAUAGUAUUAAACACUCUCAGUACCCACUAAUAUAUGUUGACUAACAACUGUUAUUGUGAACAAAAAGUCAGGGGCGGAUCUAGGGGGAGGGUGCAGGGGGUGCACACCCCCCCCCCACCCCCCUGAGAUGACCUGCGGUUUUCUAAUACAACUUGUAUUCUGCAAAAAAAAAAAAAAAACUAUGUGGUUUAUUGGUGUUGAAGUAGAGCAAGAGACGAGUGCGCCCCCUCCUAAAAAAAAUCCUGGAUCCGCCCCUGAAAGUGAUUGAAGUUUGGGUCUCCACUACACUACAAAUGUGCCAGUAUGUUUUAUGGCAAAAGGUUAGAUAUAUAUUUUUCACCUCAGACCCAUUUUUGACUGGUCAAAUAUUUUAAAAGUAAUAUUUUACAGAAAAAUGAUACUCCGCAAACCUAGAGAAACAUUGAAAUGACAAGUAUUAGUACUGCAAAUGAACUAACUUACACAAAAAUACUGAGUACUAUGGACAACUUUAAAAAAAAAUGAGGAUAAUAUAGCACAGGCAAACUAACAUAAAGAAAAAAAUUGAUUUUGACGGCCUUUUUUAUGCCAGGGAAAUUCAAAUUUACAACAUCUAGGCAUAGUUAUGAUCGACUGGAAACAACAUAACUAUAUCAGUUUGCUUUUUGUCCCGCUGUACAGUGCUGUUCAUUAACAGUUAUGAUCAGACAACAUAACUGGCCUUCAAAAGAUUUGACCAGUCAAUAGCCAUUUCUGGCUGGAAAUUGUUCGUUGACAGACUGGGCAAUAUUUCAAACUCUGUAUAUGGGGACAAUGUUGAGAUUUUGAGGAAGCAAAAUUAUUUAACUGGAUCUCUUAACUGUAGUCCUUUAGAGUUAAAUGUUUGGGAUAAUUUAAACAUGUUCUUUGAUCCUUCCUAAACUUCUGUAAGUGACAAUAAUGAGCGGGGAUGUAGCCAAGGAAAAGCUUAGCAGGCUUUUUUAUCAGUCAAGCUGACUAUUUUACUCAAGUGCUCUUUCAAAAUUGCCCCAUGCUAUUGUUUACCAGAGCAAUUUGUGCCAGUGAAAUAAGCCGGUGGCUGGCUCUCAGGGACACUCCUGAUGACAUGAAGCUCUUCUUUUCUCUGUAAUCACUAGGAGAAAGACACAGAAGAUGGUAAAAUGAAAGUUGAGUUGAGAAUAUAUUUGCCUGAUGAUGCCAUUACAACAGUAACUGUGUUGAGAUGUCACAGGACAGAGGAAGUGUUUAAGGUAAAGACUACUAACUUAGAACAUUUCAGGAUGAUCAGAAAACUCUGAAUGAUGGCCAUGCAUUUCUACAAAAAAGUUUUUCAGUUGGCCUUGACAUUACAUGGUAGAAACACGAUUUUAGAUCAUUCUGACUUUAUCUAAUUGAGUCACUCUGAGUAGAAGGGGCCAGUGUCUGAACUAGAUUCAGAUUACCCUAGAUAGAUUUUGACCAUUUUCCAUUAUCAAUCGAUAAAAAUCACUCAAUUGCUAACAAUUUCCAUUGAUUUUGAUUUUAAUUUAUCUAUUGGCUACUCCAGGAUGUAACUACACCCGGAAUUUUGAAAGAGAUAUGUGGCAGGUCUAAACCACGAGAAACUGGGUGCCUUUAAACCGGGCCAAAAUCAGCCAUCAGAAGGAAGAUUUUAAACCAGGUUUUAAAGAAAAGAUAAGGUUUUUUUAAAAGAUUUUUUUUAAUAAAGUGAGGGCAGUUGUUUGAUCCUUCGAGUCUCAUUCUUAUUCUUAGCAAUGGUGAAAAUGUGGAGGGAGCGACACACAAACACGUUGUGAACCUGAUUAAAAAAGGAGGGGAUAAGUUAACAUUGGUGGUUAUAUCUGUGAGUCAACAUGCUGCUGAAAAGCUGGAUAGUGAUAGCUCAUCUGGAGGCGAGGAUUAUGAUUAUUCCGACAAGUGUGUUAUACCAUUAUCCAUACCAGAGAUGCGUCAAGUCACUAGUAAUGGUGAAACAUACAUGGUAGGUAAUGCUAGUGUCUUUACACUUGUCCCAAGGACACGACAAGCACAUCUUAUAUUUUGCUUGCUAAGGUCAGCCCUGUGCUUGGGUUAGUUUGGGGUCUUACAAAAUGCAAUGCAGUUAUAAAAUGUAUUGUAGUUACAAAAUGACUGAGACCUAGUCAUUUGCCCAUAGGGCAAGUGAGUAUAAACAGGGUACAGCUGGACAGGACAUUUUUCAAGCUCUGAUAGCAAGCAGCAUAUGUCACUUUUUUCAAGAAGAAGUCAUAAAUAUCUGUUAACUUAUUGUUCAGGGCCCGAAAAAAUUCCCAAACCACAAACAAGUCAAUUUCCUUGCUGAGCAAGUAACUUUCUAAGAAGAGUAACAAGUGGCUCCAGGCAAGCAUAAAAUGUGACUAGAGCUACUUUACCAAAAGACAAGUUGGAAUUCAAGUCUUUUUGAGCCCUAUGUUGUGUAACCUCUUAAGAGCACUGGAUUACAAACUGUCUAUAGUAAAUUGAACUGAAGCAGCAAUCAAGCGAAUUUCUUUAUUUUCAAAUUACACUUCCAGCACAUUAAGUACUAAAUUAUUAAUUUUGUUCUUAUUAUUUUAGGUUUAUAAUAUAUAUUUUGAAGACAAGCAUAUUUGUUCCAGAAGAUACAAAGAAUUUUCAAAUUUACAUAACAAGGUGAGAAAUUUAGUUCUUUCAAUACUAUUAAAAUGUCAACAGAUUAUUUUACAAAUAUAUUUGUUAACAUGGUCUACGGGAUGUACUUGUUAAACUAUCUUACAGGGCCAGUGUGGUAUAAUAUCAAAAAGUUGUAAACAUCUAAUAAUUAUCUUAAAACCUUCCAAAUUUUAUAACAGCAAUUCAUUAUGAGUUUAGAAUAUCUUGCAUGUUCUUGAGCUUUUCUAAAGUUCUUAACUUAUAGUUAUCAUGAAUUACCAUGCCGAAAAACAAAAUAAGGAAAGUAAUAAAUAUAGAGUCAACUCUCUCUAAGACAUCAUACACCUUUGGGACCUGCACUAUUGUAGGUGCCCGCAGUCUAUAAGAGUGAUAUCUGUCUUACAGAGACUCAAAUAAAGGGAGUAAAGAAAGGUAGGGGUCAACUCAGUAACAGAGGUGUCUUUUAUGACAGAGUGGACUGUAAACAGUAGAGGGCUAAUUGUUAAUUUUAUACCUUAAAUUUAGCUCAAAAAGGAGUUCAGAGAUUUUCAGUUUCCAAAGUUCCCUGGAAAAUGGCCAUUUAAUUUGUCAGAUCAACAGUUAGAAUCUCGAAGGAAAGGUCUGGAAUCCUACCUUGAACAAGGUAAUAGUAGUAAAUAAAAUAAUUAUUGCUAUCUAUUUUGUAUAUUCAGCAUAAAGUCAAAUGAAACCACAGCAUGGCUUCAGUGUAGUUUCUCUCUCAUAACUGGCUUGGAACCUGGUGAUUUGCAAUAAUACUUCAUCAUUAUCAUCUUCAUGAUUCUAUAUUGUAGCAGUAAUGAUUCUCUGUCUUGCCUAUACUGUACAUGUUCUUACAAUAGCAAACUGCAGCAAGCCUUGUGACCAAUAUGUCUUAGACUUGUACCUAUUGUUUGCAAACAAAUUUGAUGUAAGAUGGCAGGUAGUGUCAUUUUAGCUAGGAGAAAACCACCAAGAGUUUCCUAAAUUUCCGUAAGCAAAAUGUAAACCUUGUUAAGAAUUGAAACCAUACUCCAGGCCCUCUUAGAAAUAUUGGCGUAUUUCAACUUUAUGUGGGCUUGAAAACUCUUUUGUCCUCAUUGUAUUGAUUGUUAACUAUUAAAUAAGCUUACUUUGUCUCAAGCUCUGCCAGUUUGACAUUAAACAUUCUCUUUCAGGGUGGACAAUUUUGGUGUUUUUUAAACAUCCAAUAAAAGCAUUUUUUUUUUUUUUUGCCACUCAUUGUCAAUCACAAAUCAGACUUGGUUGUCAGACUAUGGUAAAAGAGAAUAACGUCUUAAAGUAUGAACCAAUUGUUGGUUCAUACUUUAAGAAGUGCAUAUAUCAAGUUUUGGAUGCACUUGGGAAGUUUGGAGAGCACUCACUAACCUACACUUAUUUUUCUCUCAUGCUCUCCAAACUUCCCACAUGCAUCCAUAAUUUGAUACAGCUGUAUACGCUUGCUAAGCAUAAACCAAUCUUAAAUACAUGGGAAUUAUAAAAUAGAUGAGAAUGAGCUGACUAACAUUGUUUCAUUGCAGUAAAUUCUGUGAGAAUUAUAGGAGAAUCAGAUAUCAUGGAAGAAUUCCUGAAAUCCUCUGAAAACCAUGUUGUGGUAAUUUUAGCAUUUCAUUGAUUUCACCAACCUGUUUCUUGUCAAUAAUAUCAAUGCUCACCAAAAGUGAAACUUGACUAAAAUAGAUGUAUGCACCAAGAAUAAUUUUCUCAGUAGUCUGCACUCUUUUUAUGUACUUCACCUUCUGUAGGUAAAAUAGUAUUAAACACUCUCAGUACCCACUAAUAUAUGUUGACUAACAACUGUUAUUGUGAACAAAAAGUCAGGGGCGGAUCUAGGGGGAGGGUGCAGGGGGUGCACACCCCCCCCCCACCCCCCUGAGAUGACCUGCGGUUUUCUAAUACAACUUGUAUUCUGCAAAAAAAAAAAAAAAACUAUGUGGUUUAUUGGUGUUGAAGUAGAGCAAGAGACGAGUGCGCCCCCUCCUAAAAAAAAUCCUGGAUCCGCCCCUGAAAGUGAUUGAAGUUUGGGUCUCCACUACACUACAAAUGUGCCAGUAUGUUUUAUGGCAAAAGGUUAGAUAUAUAUUUUUCACCUCAGACCCAUUUUUGACUGGUCAAAUAUUUUAAAAGUAAUAUUUUACAGAAAAAUGAUACUCCGCAAACCUAGAGAAACAUUGAAAUGACAAGUAUUAGUACUGCAAAUGAACUAACUUACACAAAAAUACUGAGUACUAUGGACAACUUUAAAAAAAAAUGAGGAUAAUAUAGCACAGGCAAACUAACAUAAAGAAAAAAAUUGAUUUUGACGGCCUUUUUUAUGCCAGGGAAAUUCAAAUUUACAACAUCUAGGCAUAGUUAUGAUCGACUGGAAACAACAUAACUAUAUCAGUUUGCUUUUUGUCCCGCUGUACAGUGCUGUUCAUUAACAGUUAUGAUCAGACAACAUAACUGGCCUUCAAAAGAUUUGACCAGUCAAUAGCCAUUUCUGGCUGGAAAUUGUUCGUUGACAGACUGGGCAAUAUUUCAAACUCUGUAUAUGGGGACAAUGUUGAGAUUUUGAGGAAGCAAAAUUAUUUAACUGGAUCUCUUAACUGUAGUCCUUUAGAGUUAAAUGUUUGGGAUAAUUUAAACAUGUUCUUUGAUCCUUCCUAAACUUCUGUAAGUGACAAUAAUGAGCGGGGAUGUAGCCAAGGAAAAGCUUAGCAGGCUUUUUUAUCAGUCAAGCUGACUAUUUUACUCAAGUGCUCUUUCAAAAUUGCCCCAUGCUAUUGUUUACCAGAGCAAUUUGUGCCAGUGAAAUAAGCCGGUGGCUGGCUCUCAGGGACACUCCUGAUGACAUGAAGCUCUUCUUUUCUCUGUAAUCACUAGGAGAAAGACACAGAAGAUGGUAAAAUGAAAGUUGAGUUGAGAAUAUAUUUGCCUGAUGAUGCCAUUACAACAGUAACUGUGUUGAGAUGUCACAGGACAGAGGAAGUGUUUAAGGUAAAGACUACUAACUUAGAACAUUUCAGGAUGAUCAGAAAACUCUGAAUGAUGGCCAUGCAUUUCUACAAAAAAGUUUUUCAGUUGGCCUUGACAUUACAUGGUAGAAACACGAUUUUAGAUCAUUCUGACUUUAUCUAAUUGAGUCACUCUGAGUUUUAAGGCUAGGCCUCAGUUCUUUGAAGAAUAGCAUUUCGUAAACAAGGCAGUCAAAGGUCCAAAAUGGCACUUCUUGAGAACCCAAAAUUGACCCUCAUUAAGAAGAUUUUUGUCACCAUGCACUUCUAGAAAAUCACAUGUGAGUGCUUCACUUUGCCAGUCCAUUUUAACAAGGAAGUCCGUGGAUCCUUACAAAACACCUACCAACCCCCUCAAUGUUUUUUUUUUACAGGCAACUUUAAAACAGAAAAACAUUCAGAGUGAUUUGCACUGUUACAUGUCAGAUAGUUUAUCCAGAGCCAUUGGCUAAGGACUAUUUGAAAAAUAUGUGAUGGUAUUACAGCCUUUUCUCAUUUUGUAUUCUAUUUCAAGGCCUUGGUGCAGAAGCUCAAUCUGAGCCAGGAAAAUGCUUUUAACUUUGCCCUUUUUGAGAUUAUGGAAAGUGGUUUUGGUAAGUUAUUGACAAAAUACCACGCUUUUCAGUUUCUUUAGCUUCCAAAUAACAUAAACCAUAGGUUUAUACAAAGUUAGCAUUUAUUGUUUAAGUCUGACUACUCAUGUUUUGUGCAAAAACAUGAUUGAAUUCAGCUUUUGUGUGAUGUGAAGACUUUUUUGUGUUCACAUAUUAUGAGGAAUCUUCCACCAGUCUCUUCAGCUCUUCACUGCCAAAACUCUUGAGACACCACACUGUUCCUUGGUGAUGUCUGUGUGCCUUUUUUCUGCUGGUGACGAUAUGAUUGACAUCAACUGUAUUGAUAUAUUUGGCAGACAUUGUCCAAAUUUAAGCCAAUCAGGCAUAACGUAAUGAUUUGAAUGAAUUAUCAUACCGCUAACAUAGCAUUAAAACCAGAUUCUGCUUCCAGAAAAUGGUAAAUUAACUUAAUCCAAUUGAGUGAUGUUGCUGUGCAUUACUUCAUACCCCUAAUGUAAGGAUUCUGGGGAAAACAAAACUAACUGGUUUCCCAAGGGACUGGACACCAAGUGGUUUUUCGCUUCGAACGCACCAAAGAAUAAAGAGAGAAUCGAAACCACUGAAUGAAUUACAAAGAAUUUUUUACACUGAAUGAUUUACGAAGUCCUUUCCGUGUGCAUGUAUUAUCUACAUCUUUUCGUUCACUAGCUGUUGUAUCUUGUUAGCUUGAGGCUCCAUGUUCAUGUUAAUUAAAAUGAAAAAUGACAGUAUUUUUUUGCCAUCUAUUGUUCCCCCCUUUCUACCAUGCUUUACUCACGUGCGGUAGUUUUUUGAGCAGGGCACAAAAAAUUGCUGAAUUACAUCAUGAUCAUUAAUUUAGUCAAGGCCUUGUGAUCAAGAAUCAUCCAGUGAUAGUCCCUGUUUGGUUAAAUGAAAGUCUAGGGAUAUAGCAAAAUUUUAUGACUUAUUUUGGGAGAAAUGAAGCAACAGAUCUAGGAUGUCACAUUCUUGUCAGGUGGGAGUACUUCAAAAAUUGGCUUCCAUUGUUAGCUGUCCUGCCCUUGAUAAGUGAUUAUUGAAUCUAGUGUGUGAUCCCUAGUCUAUGACAAAAAUAUCCGUAAGUUGCAAUUUUGCUUUCAUUGCAAUUGCUUGUGUAUUUUUCCCUUUUGCUCUUUGUGUGUCAUAGUUAUUUCUUUCUAAAGUAAAAACAGUCAAACUGUUUUAAUAUUGUGGCCAUCCACUGUCAUGGGUCUUACUUUUAUUGUCUACCUGAAUUUGAUUUGUACUAACUUCUUAUUAUAAACAUUCAAUAAAAUCCACUGAUGCUUUUCAAGUUAUUUUAAUGGUGUUUAAACCUUCUGUUGGACACGGAAGAGGGUAAAUUUCAGUUUUCUUGUCCCAUAAACUAGUAAUACUCCUUACAUGCAUGUAUUCUUUAAAUGAAGGUCACCUUUCUCAAAUUAGUUAAUCUUUCAACUGUACAUUAACAAAAAGUUAUGUGUAGUUUUAUUAUAAUAUGUGCAGACCCAUUAAUGAUAGGAAUAUUUUACAGAACGAAAGCUUGAGAACAAUGAGUUGCCUCACAGUGUUUACAUUCGGAGUUAUUCCGCAUCAUCAACAACCUGCCUUGCAUUAAGAAAAUGGAAUUUUACUCUUGCUAGGGUAUGUACAGUACACUGUGCUUUGAUAAUACUUUUAAUGGCCUUCAGAAAAUGAUGAUUCUUUGGUAUAAUGCUGAAGUAAUCUCCAAUCCUUUAACAGUAUUGAAGUCCCUUAUUAAAACAAUUUUUUUACAAAUGGUUUUAUUGGGAGAUGGAUCUUUUGUUGAUUAUCAUCAGAGGUGGGUUUUAACUGAGUUGUUUUUCAUUUGACAGGAAGUUCAGAUGAAUGACGAUGAAACUGCGUUAAAUCUUCUUUAUAACCAGGUAUUCUACACAAUUAUUUAAAAUCCAAGACCCAGUUGUUCAAAGGCUGAUUACCUCCACGUUUCUUUUUCUUUUGUUGAAAAGCAUUUUCUCAGAUACAGGGCAGGAAAAAACCUAAGUCCGAUUGCCCGCGGCAAGUAAAUGUUAAUCUUGGGCAAGUAAAAAUAGAAGUUUAAUGGCAUCAGUGGUCCUGUGAGUCUGUCUGAAAGUGUCAGCUUGGUAAAUGAUAAUUUCCAGACAGAAACUAUUUCAAAACUGAAGACUACAAGUUGAGUGACACAAUUAGUUGACAGGAUGAAUUAAGUUAAAAUCAAAAAGUAAGUUUGGUUGCUUGUGUUACUCCUCUGAUCAUCAUAUUGGUCAAAUCCAGCAGUUACUAAUACUUACAAGUGCUAGUAAUCUUAUUCACUUUGUCAUUAUCUAUGACCUAUUAUGGACAGUACCUUAGAACUAUAGAUGAUAAGGCAUUGUGUUCCCUUGCGGCAAGUAAAAUUUUAGUGGGGGCAAGUGAAACUGAAAUUUAAUUGCACAUUAGUUAAAAGGAUUUAAAUUUUUUUUCCUGCCCUGGGAUAAUUUUCUUUAUUAUUUUUAGAGCAUCCAAUCAUCAAACUGUAGACAACAAGAAUUAACUGAAUUUGCUUUUUAAUUCAAAUUUCACACUAACCCUGGGCUAUUUUAACCCAGCUUUGAAAAACCCAGCCCAGGACUAGACCUCAACCCUCGACCUGGCCCUGGCCAGGCCCCAGGCCGACCCAGUGAUUUUCUGCCAGGACUGUGUGUUUUGGUAUUGCUCACUUCAUUAAAUAAUAUUUUCCUUUCACGUUAAUCAGCGUCUACAAAACCCCUUACACUAUGAAAAGAUUUGAAAGUGCUUUUUCGGUACAAUGUGGAGGAAAGUGAUAAAGGCUUUGAACAAGCAGGUGUAAUGGGUCAGUUUAUCUUGCAGGCAGUUGGUGACUUAAGAAGAAGAACGCUGUUACCUAGGAAAAACUUACAAAAGAUCAAAGAGCUACAGGCUGCCAAUAAGAAAAAAGAAGUAAGUGAAAAGAAAAUCGUUUUUUGCAAGCAUAAAAAAGCAUGUGAUUAAAUUGUACUCAAUUCAAAAUUACUGCCAAGAAAGCAUAACACAUCUCCUAUGUUUUAAGUACUGGUAGGUACUUUUUGGAUGUAUUUAACAUUCCGUUCUUCCCUUAGUGAAAACUGAAGAUACGUGUGUACUUUUUCAUGUACAAGUAAGCUUAUUCUCGCCUUCUAGGCUGUAAUAGGACUGAUCUUGCAAAACUCUUUGCUAUUGUCAUGUUAGAAGUACGUAGACUGCAAAACAUAUACACCUUUGGGACCUGCACUAUUGUAGGUGCCCGCAGUCUAUAAGAGUGAUAUCUGUCUUACAGAGACUCAAAUAAAGGGAGUAAAGAAAGGUAGGGGUCAACUCAGUAACAGAGGUGUCUUUUAUGACAGAGUGGACUGUAAACAGUAGAGGGCUAAUUGUUAAUUUUAUACCUUAAAUUUAGCUCAAAAAGGAGUUCAGAGAUUUUCAGUUUCCAAAGUUCCCUGGAAAAUGGCCAUUUAAUUUGUCAGAUCAACAGUUAGAAUCUCGAAGGAAAGGUCUGGAAUCCUACCUUGAACAAGGUAAUAGUAGUAAAUAAAAUAAUAUUAUUGCUAUCUAUUUUGUAUAUUCAGCAUAAAGUCAAAUGAAACCACAGCAUGGCUUCAGUGUAGUUUCUCUCUCAUAACUGGCUUGGAACCUGGUGAUUUGCAAUAAUACUUCAUCAUUAUCAUCUUCAUUAUUCUAUUUUGUAGCAGUAAUGAUUCUCUGUCUUGCCUAUACUGUACAUGUUCUUACAAUAGCAAACUGCAGCAAGCCUUGUGACCAAUAUGUCUUAGACUUGUACCUAUUGUUUGCAAACAAAUUUGAUGUAAGAUGGCAGGUAGUGUCAUUUUAGCUAGGAGAAAACCACCAAGAGUUUCCUAAAUUUCCGUAAGCAAAAUGUAAACCUUGUUAAGAAUUGAAACCAUACUCCAGGCCCUCUUAGAAAUAUUGGCGUAUUUCAACUUUAUGUGGGCUUGAAAACUCUUUUGUCCUCAUUGUAUUGAUUGUUAACUAUUAAAUAAGCUUACUUUGUCUCAAGCUCUGCCAGUUUGACAUUAAACAUUCUCUUUCAGGGUGGACAAUUUUGGUGUUUUUUAAACAUCCAAUAAAAGCAUUUUUUUUUUUUUGUGCCACUCAUUGUCAAUCACAAAUCAGACUUGGUUGUCAGACUAUGGUAAAAGAGAAUAACGUCUUAAAGUAUGAACCAAUUGUUGGUUCAUACUUUAAGAAGUGCAUAUAUCAAGUUUUGGAUGCACUUGGGAAGUUUGAAGAGCACUGACUAGCCUACACUUAUUCUUCUCUCAUGCUCUCCAAACUUCCCACAUGCAUCCAUAAUUUGAUACAGCUGUAUACGCUUGCUAAGCAUAAACCAAUUUUUAAAUACAGGGGAAUGUAAAAUAGAUGAGAAUGAGCUGACUAACAUUGUUUCAUUGCAGUAAAUUCUGUGAGAAUUAUAGGAGAAUCAGAUAUCAUGGAAGAAUUCCUGAAAUCCUCUGAAAACCAUGUUGUGGUAAUUUUAGCAUUUCAUUGAUUUCACCAACCUGUUUCUUGUCGAUAAAAUCAAUGCUCACCAAAAGUGAAACUUGACUAAAAUAUAUGUAUGCACCUAGAAUAAUUUUCUCAGUAGUCUGCACUCUUUUUAUGUACUUCACCUUCUGUAGGUAAAAUAGUAUUAAACACUCUCAGUACCCACUAAUAUAUGUUGACUAACAACUGUUAUUGUGAACAAAAAGUCAGGGGCGGAUCUAGGGGGAGGGUGCAAGGGGUGCACACCCCCCCCCCCCUUAGAUGACCUGCAGUUUUCUAAUACAACUGGUAUUCUGCAAAAAAAAAACUAUGUGGUUUAUUGGUGUUGAAGUAGAGCAAGAGACGAGUGCGCCCCCUCCUAAAAAAAAUCCUGGAUCCGCCCCUGAAAGUGAUUGAAGUUGGGGUCUCCACUACACUAUAAAUGUGCCAGUAUGUUUUAUGGCGAAAGGUUAGAUAUGUAUUUUUCACCUAAGACCCAUUUUUGACUAGUCAAAUAUUUUAAAAGUAAUAUUUUACAGAAAAAUGAUACUCCACAAACCUAGAGAAACAUUGAAAUGACAAGUAUUAGUACUGCAAAUGAACUAACUUACACAAAACUACUGAAUACUAUGGACAACUUAAAAAAAAUGAGGAUAAUAUAGCACAGGCAAACUAACAUAAAGAAAAAAAUUGAUUUUGACGGCCUCUUUUAUGCCAGGGAAAUUCAAAUUUACAACAUCUAGGCAUAGUUAUGAUCGACUGGAAAUUAAACAACAUAACUAUAUCAGUUUGCUUUUUGUCCCGCUGUACAGUGCUGUUCAUUAACAGUUAUGAUCAGACAACAUAACUGGCCUUCAAAAGAUUUGACCAGUCAAAUAUAGCCAUUUCUGGCUGGAAAUUGUCCGUUGACUGACUAGGCAAUAUUUCAAACUCUGUAUAUGGGGACAAUGUUGAGAUUUUGAGGAAGCAAAAUUGUUCAACUGGAUCACUUAACUGUAGUCCUUUAGAGUUAAAUGUUUGGGAUAAUUUAGACAUGUUCUUUGAUCCUUCCUAAACUUCUGGAAGUGACAAUAAUGAGCGGAGAUGCAGCUAAGGAAAAGCUUAGCAGGCUUUUUUAUCAGUCAAGCUGGCUAUUUUACUCAAGUGCUCUUUCAAAAUUGCCCCAUGCUAUUGUUUACUAGAGCAAUUUGUGCCAGUGAAAUAAGCCGGUGGCUGGCUCUCAGGGACACCCCUGAUGACAUGCAGCUCUUCUUUUCUCUGUAAUCACUAGGAGAAAGACACAGAAGAUGGUAAAAUGAAAGUUGAGUUGAGAAUAUAUUUGCCUGAUGAUGCCAUUACUACGGUAACUGUGUUGAGAUGUCACAGGACGGAGGAAGUGUUUAAGGUAAAGACUAUUAACUUAGAACAUUGCAGGAUGAUCAGAAAACUCUGAAUGAUGGCCAUGCAUUUCUACAAAAAAGUUUUUCAGUUGGCCUUGACAUUACAUGGUAGAAACACGAUUUUAGAUCAUUCUGACUUUAUCUAAUUGAGUCACUCUGAGUUUUAAGGCUAGGCCUCAGUUCUUUGAAGAAUAGCAUUUCGUAAACAAGGCAGGCAAAUGUCCAAAAUGGCACUUCUUGAGAACCCAAAAUUGACCCUCAUUAAGAAGAUUUUUGUCACCAUGCACCUCUAGAAAAUCACAUGUGAGUGCUUCACUUUGCCAGUCCAUUUUAACAAGGAAGUCUGUGGAUCCUUACAAAACGCCUACCAACCCCUCAAUGCUUUUUUUACAGGUAACUUUAAAACAGAAAAACACUCAGAGUGAUUUGCACUGUUACAUGUCAGAUAGUUUAUCCAGAGCCAUUGGCUAAGGACUAUUUGAAAAUGUGGAAUUACAGCCUUUUCUCAUUUUGUAUUCUAUUUCAAGGCCUUGGUACAGAAGCUCAAUCUGAGCCUGGAAAAUGCUUUUAACUUUGCCCUUUUUGAGAUUAUGGAAAGUGGUUUUGGUAAGUUAUUGACAAAAUACCAUGCUUUUCAGUUUUUUUUUUUAGCUUCCAAAUAACACAAACCAUAGGUUUAUACAAAGUUAGCAUUUAUUGUUUAAGUCUGACUACUCAUGUUUUGUGCAAAAACCUGAUUGGAUUCAGCUUUUGUGUGAUGUGAAGACUUUUUUGUGUUCACAUAUUAUGAGGAAUCUUGCACCAUUCUCUUCAGCUCUUCACUACCAAAACACUUGAGUCGCCACACUGUUCCUUGGUGAUGUCUGUGUGCCUUUUUUUUGUUGGUGACGAUAUGAUUGACAUCAGCUGUAUUGAUAUUGGCAGACAUUGUCCAAAUUUAAGCCAAUCAGGCAUAAAGUAAUGAUUUGAAUGAAUUAUUAUUUAUUAUACUGCUUACAUAGUGUUAAAACCAGAUUCUGCUUCCAGAAAAUGGUAAAUUAACCUGAUCGAAUUGUUGAGUGAUGUUGCUGUGCAUUACUUUAUACACCUAAUGUCAGGAUUCUGGGGAAAACAAAACUAACUGGUUUCCCGAGGGACUGGACACCAAGUGUUCUAUUAUAAUUAUUCCUAGCCUUUCACUUCAAACACGCCACAGAAUAAAGAGAGAAUCAAGACCACUGAAUGAAUUACAAAUAAUUAUUAUUUACACUGAAUGAUUUACAAAGUCCUUUCUGUGUGCAUGUAUUGUCUACAUCUUUUUGUUCACUAGCUGUUAUAUCUUGUUAGCUUGAGGCUCCAUGUUCAUGUUAAUUAAAAUGGAAAAUGAUAGUAUUUUUUUUGCCCUCUAUCAUGCCCCCUUUCCACCAUGCUUUACUCAUGUGCGGUAGUUUCCUGAGCAGGGUACAAAGAAUUGCUGAAUUACAUCUUGAUCAUUUUAGUCAAGGCAUUGUGAUCAAGAAUCAUCCAGUGAUAGUCCCUUUUUGGUUAAAUGAAAGUCUAGGGAUAUAGCAAAAUUUUAUGACUUAUUUUGUGAGAAAUGAGGCAACAGAUCUAGGAUGUGGCACUCUUGUCAGGUGGGAGUACUUCAAAAAUUGGCUUCCAUUNCAGGAUGAUCAGAAAACUCUGAAUGAUGGCCAUGCAUUUCUACAAAAAAGUUUUUCAGUUGGCCUUGACAUUACAUGGUAGAAACACGAUUUUAGAUCAUUCUGACUUUAUCUAAUUGAGUCACUCUGAGUUUUAAGGCUAGGCCUCAGUUCUUUGAAGAAUAGCAUUUCGUAAACAAGGCAGUCAAAGGUCCAAAAUGGCACUUCUUGAGAACCCAAAAUUGACCCUCAUUAAGAAGAUUUUUGUCACCAUGCACUUCUAGAAAAUCACAUGUGAGUGCUUCACUUUGCCAGUCCAUUUUAACAAGGAAGUCCGUGGAUCCUUACAAAACACCUACCAACCCCCUCAAUGUUUUUUUUUUACAGGCAACUUUAAAACAGAAAAACAUUCAGAGUGAUUUGCACUGUUACAUGUCAGAUAGUUUAUCCAGAGCCAUUGGCUAAGGACUAUUUGAAAAAUAUGUGAUGGUAUUACAGCCUUUUCUCAUUUUGUAUUCUAUUUCAAGGCCUUGGUGCAGAAGCUCAAUCUGAGCCAGGAAAAUGCUUUUAACUUUGCCCUUUUUGAGAUUAUGGAAAGUGGUUUUGGUAAGUUAUUGACAAAAUACCACGCUUUUCAGUUUCUUUAGCUUCCAAAUAACAUAAACCAUAGGUUUAUACAAAGUUAGCAUUUAUUGUUUAAGUCUGACUACUCAUGUUUUGUGCAAAAACAUGAUUGAAUUCAGCUUUUGUGUGAUGUGAAGACUUUUUUGUGUUCACAUAUUAUGAGGAAUCUUCCACCAGUCUCUUCAGCUCUUCACUGCCAAAACUCUUGAGACACCACACUGUUCCUUGGUGAUGUCUGUGUGCCUUUUUUCUGCUGGUGACGAUAUGAUUGACAUCAACUGUAUUGAUAUAUUUGGCAGACAUUGUCCAAAUUUAAGCCAAUCAGGCAUAACGUAAUGAUUUGAAUGAAUUAUCAUACCGCUAACAUAGCAUUAAAACCAGAUUCUGCUUCCAGAAAAUGGUAAAUUAACUUAAUCCAAUUGAGUGAUGUUGCUGUGCAUUACUUCAUACCCCUAAUGUAAGGAUUCUGGGGAAAACAAAACUAACUGGUUUCCCAAGGGACUGGACACCAAGUGGUUUUUCGCUUCGAACGCACCAAAGAAUAAAGAGAGAAUCGAAACCACUGAAUGAAUUACAAAGAAUUUUUUACACUGAAUGAUUUACGAAGUCCUUUCCGUGUGCAUGUAUUAUCUACAUCUUUUCGUUCACUAGCUGUUGUAUCUUGUUAGCUUGAGGCUCCAUGUUCAUGUUAAUUAAAAUGAAAAAUGACAGUAUUUUUUUGCCAUCUAUUGUUCCCCCCUUUCUACCAUGCUUUACUCACGUGCGGUAGUUUUUUGAGCAGGGCACAAAAAAUUGCUGAAUUACAUCAUGAUCAUUAAUUUAGUCAAGGCCUUGUGAUCAAGAAUCAUCCAGUGAUAGUCCCUGUUUGGUUAAAUGAAAGUCUAGGGAUAUAGCAAAAUUUUAUGACUUAUUUUGGGAGAAAUGAAGCAACAGAUCUAGGAUGUCACAUUCUUGUCAGGUGGGAGUACUUCAAAAAUUGGCUUCCAUUGUUAGCUGUCCUGCCCUUGAUAAGUGAUUAUUGAAUCUAGUGUGUGAUCCCUAGUCUAUGACAAAAAUAUCCGUAAGUUGCAAUUUUGCUUUCAUUGCAAUUGCUUGUGUAUUUUUCCCUUUUGCUCUUUGUGUGUCAUAGUUAUUUCUUUCUAAAGUAAAAACAGUCAAACUGUUUUAAUAUUGUGGCCAUCCACUGUCAUGGGUCUUACUUUUAUUGUCUACCUGAAUUUGAUUUGUACUAACUUCUUAUUAUAAACAUUCAAUAAAAUCCACUGAUGCUUUUCAAGUUAUUUUAAUGGUGUUUAAACCUUCUGUUGGACACGGAAGAGGUAAAUUUAAGUUGUCUUGUCCUAUAAAAUAGUAAUACUCCUUACGUGCAUGUAUUGUUUAAAUUAGUUAAUCUUUCAACUCUACAUUAACAAAAAGUUAUGUGUAGUUUUAUUUUAAUAUGUGCAGACCCAUUAAUGAUAGGAAUAUUUUACAGAACGAAAGCUUGAGAACAAUGAGUUGCCUCACAGUGUUUACAUUCGGAGUUAUUCCGCAUCAUCAACAACCUGCCUUGCGUUAAGAAAAUGGAAUUUUACUCUUGCUAGGGUAUGUACAGUACACUGUGCUUUGAUAAUACUUUUAAUGGCCAUCAGAAAAUGAUGAUUCUUUGUUAUAAUGCUGAAUUAAUCUCCAAUCCUUUAACAGUAUUGAAGUCCCUUAUUAAAACAAUUUUUUACUAAUGGUUUUAUUGGGAGAUGGAUCUUUUGUCGAUUAUCAUCAGAGGUGGGUUUUAACUGAGUUGUUAUUCAUUUGACAGGAAGUUCAGAUGAAUGAAGAUGAAACUGCGUUAAAUCUUCUUUAUAACCAGGUAUUCUACACAAUUAUUUAAAAUCCAAGGCCCAGUUGUUCAAAGGCUGAUUAGCUUUAACCCAGGGUUAAAUCUUAAUCCACGUUUCUUUUUCUUUUGUUAAAAAGCAUUUUCUCGGAUACAGGGCAGGAAAAAACCCAGGUUCGAUUGCCCACGGCAAGUAAAUGUUAAUCUUGGGCAAGUAAAAAUAGAAGUUUAGUGGCGUCCGUGUUCCUGUGAGUCUGUCUGAAAGUGUCAGCUUGGUAAAUGAUAAUUUCCAGACAGAAGCUAUUUCAAAACUGAAGACUACAAGUUGAGUGACACGAUUAGUUGACAGGAUGAAUUAACUUAAAAUCAAAAAAAAAAGUUUGGUUGCUUGUGUUGCUCCUCUGAUGAUCAUAUUGGUCAAAUCCAGCAGGUACUAAUACUUACAAGUGCUAGUAAUCUUAUUUACUUUGUCAUUAUCUAUGACCUAUUAUGAACAGUACCUUAGAACUAUAGAUGAUAAGGUAUUGUGUUCCCUUGCGGCAAGUAAUAUUUUAGUGGGGGCAAGUGAAACUGAAAUUUAAUUGCUCACUGGGUAAGAGGAUUUCAAUUUUUUUCCUGCUCUGGGAUAAUUUUCUUUAUUAUUUUUAGAGUAUCCUAUCAUCAAACUGUAAACAACAAGAAUUAACUGAAUUUGAUUUUAAGCUUUAAAAUCGCAAUUCAAAUUUCACACUAACCCUGGGCUAUUUUAACUCAGCUUUGAAAAACCCAGCCCAGGACUAGACCUCAACCCUGGACCUGGUCCCGGCCCGGUCACGGGUCGACCCAGUGAUUUUCUGCCAGGACUGUGGGCUUUGUUAUUGCUCACUUCAUUAAAUAAUAUUUUCCUUUCACGUUAAUCAGCGUCUACAAAACCCCUUACACUAUGAAAAGAUUUGAAAGUGCUUUUUCGGUACAAUCUGGAGGGAAGUGAUAAAGACUUGAACAAGCAGGUGUAAUGUGUCAGUUUAUCUUGCAGGCAGUUGGUGACUUAAGAAGAAGAACGCUGUUACCUGGGAAAAACUUACAAAAGAUCAAAGAGCUACGGGCUGCCAAUAAGAAAAAAGAAGUAAGUGAAAGAAAAUCUUUUUUUGCAAGCGUAAAACAGCAUGUGAUUAAAUUGUACUCAAUUCAAAAUUACUGCCAAGAAAGCAUAACACAUCUCCUUUGUUUUAAGUACUGGUAGGUAUUUUUUGGAUGUAUUUAACAUUCCGUUCUUCCCUUAAUGAAAACUGAAGAUACGUGUGUACUUUUUCAUGUACAAGUAAGCUUAUUCUCGCCUUCUAGGCUGUAAUAGGACUGAUCUUGCAAAACUCUUUGCUAUUGUCAUGUUAGAAGUACGUAGACUGCAAAACAUUCCGUAUAUUUGCGUAGGUCAAGAACGCGCCGGAGUGAGGUCAUAGGAAGGUCCUUCAGUGAGGGUGAAAACGGAGCGUGAGACUGGGGAGAGACGCGCUACGGUCGCGCGCCUCGCGCUUCGCGCCUUAAAAAACCAAUGUUAAGGAAAAACAUCCGACCAUUUUUCAUUCUAAGUGGUACCCUUUCAAAUUAAAGGUGCAUUUUUUUCUGAAACUGUUCUUUGUAGUUGUCUGCUACAGAUUUAAUGUUUCCCGUUGUGUCGUUUGCAGUUUUUGGAUGUUGCGAGGACUUUAGAGGGAUAUGGAACAGUUGUGUUCCCCCACUGCGCCUGUGAUGCAAGAAAAAGUGGCCAUGUUAUUGUGUCAAUAAGUUUAAACAGUUUCCGAUUACAGGCUUGUUCAGAUCAGGGUGAUAAAGAGGUCAGUUUUACUCAAUCUAAAAUUUACCUAGCAACUUCUUAUCUUAUUACGCCUGCAGUGGAGUUUGUGAUUAGGGAGAGGGUGGUCGAUUGUCCCCCCCACCCCCAACUCGAUCUUUCGUCUUAUGUCCAGCCUAUUAAUCUUCUACUCUAUUAAGUCUNUGAAAACUGAAGAUACGUGUGUACUUUUUCAUGUACAAGUAAGCUUAUUCUCGCCUUCUAGGCUGUAAUAGGACUGAUCUUGCAAAACUCUUUGCUAUUGUCAUGUUAGAAGUACGUAGACUGCAAAACAUUCCGUAUAUUUGCGUAGGUCAAGAACGCGCCGGAGUGAGGUCAUACGAAGGUCCUAGAGUGAGGGUGAAAACGGAGCGUGAGAUUGGGGAGAGACGCGCUACGGUCGCGCGCCUCGCGCUUCGCGCCUUGAUAAACCAAUGUUAAGGAAAAACAUCCGACCAUUUUUCAUUCUAAGUGGUACCCUUUCAAAUUAAAGGUGCAUUUUUUUCUGAAACUGUUCUUUGUAGUUGUCUGCUACAGAUUUAAUGUUUCCCGUUGUGUCGUUUGCAGUUUUUGGAUGUUGCGAGGACUUUAGAGGGAUAUGGAACAGUUGUGUUCCCCCACUGCGCCUGUGAUGCAAGAAAAAGUGGCCAUGUUAUUGUGUCAAUAAGUUUAAACAGUUUCCGAUUACAGGCUUGUUCAGAUCAGGGUGAUAAAGAGGUCAGUUUUACUCAAUCUAAAAUUUACCUGGCAACUUCUUAUCUUAUUACGCCUGCAGUGGAGUUUGUGAUUAGGGAGAGGGUAGUCGAUUGUCCCCCCCACCCCCAACUCGAUCUUUCGUCUUAUGUCCAGCCUAUUAAUCUCCUACUCUAUUAAGUCUUCCUUCAAAAUCAAAGCUGGCGGCUGCAGGACAUAAUUGAGCGCUCGGUCGCCUGAAACUGCUAUAAUUUAUACAAACUAAAUUAUGAAAUUUAUCAUGACUAGAUUGCGAGCAAGCUCUCUGUGGGGUGGCGGGGGGGGGGGUAGGGAGCUCUGGGAUGGGGGAAAAAGGAGAGAGAGUUCCCUCCACAAAGCUUGCUCGCAGGAUGAUUCUUUUACUAUGAAGACAGAUCACCUAGGGUUAUUUUAUGCCCCCAAAAAAUCAAGUUAGAAAGUAAAACCCGAACUUUCCGUGUAAAUGGCAUUUUCGUCUUAAAUAUUAAUAUGUCUUACCUAAGAACUUCCCGUAACACCUGUUCUUAAAUAAGACACUUCUUAGUUAAGGCGAAGAAAACGUCGUUAUUUAAGCACGCGACGUGUUGGGUACUUGAAAACGGGACCGAAACUAGACGCGAACCACUUAUACCAGCUGUUCCCGACUUAUUUUAGGACGCAUCUAAUUAUUCCUCGUGCAAAUGGUACAGGUAUGACUCUUUGUGUUUGUGUUUGUUUUUGUUUUUCUUUUCUUUUAAGGAUCAGGAACAUACAUUUAACUGGGAGGAUCUGACUAAUUGGGAAGCCGAUGAUGAAGCCAUGGCUUUCUGCUUCGAGUACAGCAAAGGGGGCAAGAAACCAAGAUGGGUGAAAAUUUAUUCACAAUAUGUAAGUCGAUAUGUUGAGUUAUCUGCCUGGUUGGUUCUAGAAAGAGAGAGGGAAAGGAAAAGAGGAUUUCCGUCCAAGGAAAAAAGCGGAGAGAGUGCGGAGCGCGAAAUAAGGGAGGAGCCCGCGCUCUCGCGCGUGUCCACUUCUCUUUCCCUUUCUAGUGCCAAUCAUGCCCACUAAUACAGAGGUUUUUUUUACUUACUAAGCUUAUUUUUUGGGAAAAAUAAUUUGUUUGUUUGACUUAUCAGACUUUUUACUAAGAUGGCACUGUUACAGAGAUAUUAGGCUGAUUUAACAACAGAACGGGAACGUCAGUUGAAGACGGCGCGCGCAGAUCAAGGGCACCGGCAAAUUGGCCACCGGAAGUCGUGUUUAGUCCUUUCCGCGCGCUUUCCCGUCGUCAGCUGACGUUCCCGUCCUGUUGCUAAAUCAGCCUAUUAACAAGCACUCAAAAACAAGGUCGAGCCACCUUACCUUGCGUAUUUCAUUAAACAAGAAAUUUUGCGUAUGUUUCAUCCCAAACUAAUUGUUACAGUUUCGAUAUACGAAGUUGUAUAAUUAGAGUUUGUGACACUUUAUGUAGGUCUGGAUUCUAUUUAGUUACAUUUGUUUUCUGUUUUCUUUUAGUUUGUGUUCAUGAACACAUGUGUGAAGAGAGUGAUGGAUGAAAUUGAGUGGAAUAAACAGGUAAAAUUAAUAUAUAUUUAAUCAAUAUAAUAAAUUUAAUUGACAACUUUGAGAACGACUGUGUGACGACUCAAGAGGACAUCUGCUUAGAAGGCUACACAAUGGGUGCUUUUGACUACAUUGUUCAGGGCUUAAAAUAACGGCCGAUCAUUUGUCCGUACAAACUUUAGGCUUGCCUGUCAUUUUGACCGAACACGUAAACAAGCGACUAGGAAAAAAAACUUUUUCACACUAUUCCUUUUUUUUAACUUUUUGUUUUUGCUUGUUAGGUUAGUUCGUUCAAUUUAGUUACCGUGUUAUUUUAAACAUAUUGACCGAUCAGAAGAGAGAAGUGACCGAGUUGAAAUUUCUUUGGCUGGUUAACACAACCGCCAGCACACCCAAAUUUAUUUUGAGCCCUGUUUCCGAUACUUACAAAGUAUAGGACUGGAGGUAGCCUCUUCCUCGGGGGCUUAGAAACUCCCGCGAGACUGGGCAAGUGAUUGACGGGAAACAAGGGAAGGGCGAAGUGUCAUGGCAAGAAGAGGAAACUUCUCGGUACGGUGGGAGGUUAUGAGUUUGAAUCCAGUCAGCAAACCAGUGUUUUUUUAUCUGUUUCCCGCACUUAUGACGCAAUGAGCAUUUCAUCAUUGUCACGCGUUGUGAUGUUUAAACAGUUUUUUACACUCCAUGCGUGUGACUCAUUUUGCGUGUGUUCUUUUCAUAGGACGGUAUUUUACCGUUAUACCCAAGUCAAAUUGAGGGAAACGGAGAAGUAGAUGAAUCUAACGAUAGCACAGAAUCACAAGACACGGUAGAAAGUGUUUCAUUUUGAUUGCAUAAGUUAUUAUUUCAUGUUUUUUUGUUUGUUUGUUUUCUUGUUGUUGUUGUCGUUGUUACCUGGAUUUACUUCAGUUCUUUUUGGUGAAAUACUGGACCAAGGUGGUGUAGACGGCUUAUAACCGAGGUUUUACGACGUUUUAACCGGGAUUAUCCUUGUCGAAAUUUAUUUCAUUGUCGGUAGUAAUUAAAAGAGUGGCAAUCAAGCUCAUGUUUUAAGAUGGUGGGUGUGUGUGUCUUCUUUUCUAGAGUGUUAAAGCGACAUCCAUCUCAAAGAGCCACACAAAGUCUUCUUCAAAAGGCAAUCAGAAAUUUGCGGUUCCUAAAACAACCCCUAAGAACCGACAUUCUGCGAUCGAUGACGAGGAUUUGUGAUUUGCGAACUCAAAGGAAUGAAUAGAUGAGUGAGUUACAGAAAGAGCCGGCUGACGGUCCUGUGGGGACUGGCUGUCCUGUGCAGUCUAGCUAUCAUGUGGUGACUUUUCAGACAUGUGAUAAGACUCUGUACUGAAUUUCCUCGGAUUAAUCGAGAAUCAUACCAACAGAGUUCUAAUAGCCGAUUUUACUGCUUAGUUUGUCUUAAAAGGUUAUACUUAAGGUCUAGAAUCAGUUUUGUAGAACCAUUUUGUAAGAGGAUUACCUUAUGGUUUUGGGAUUAAGUUGGAAAUUUUUUUCACGUGGGGACUUUAAGGUAAUAAUUAGCAAUUAUUCCUCGAGCCCGAAUGGGCUGGCCUCAUGGGUUAUUGACUCAGAGGCCAUGAGGGCGCGAGGAAUAAUUGUUUUAGUAAAAUCCAACUAGUUGGUAAAAAAUAUCGAGACAAAACAACUUUAGCUAGCAAAACACGAUUCAGCCGCCAUUGUUCUGGUUUUCAAAGCCGGCGCUUUUCGCUUCUAGUGGGCUAUAAAAUAUAGCCUAGUAGUAGCUCAACCAAUCAGAACGCAGCAUUGAUAAUAGACCACUAGUUGGAUUUUUCUAACUUAGAAUAUAACAUAUGUAAUAAUAUAUACCACUGAUAUUAGUAUUAUAAAGGAAAUAAAGGGAGAGUUAAAGAAUCAACCAUAAGAGGACACAGAAAAAUCUGAGCCUCAGAUGGGAUUCAGAUUUGUUGCUUGUGAUGGACCACGUGACUGCGUGAUGCAGUUCGCGUGAUACGGUUCGCAAGUCCAACCCACAAAAAAUGACCAUUGCUCGCCAACGAGUCCUCAGUGGCUAAGAGGUUAGAGCAUCCGAUCUAGAACACAGAGGGUCGUGGGUUCGAAUCCCACCUGGGGCCCAGAUUUUUUCUGUGUUCUCUUAUGGUUUAUUCUUUAAUUCUCCCUUUAUUUCCUUUAUAAUAAUAUAUAACUAAGUGUAUAAGUUGCCAAAUAUCGGUAUUUUCUAGUAACAAAGACAGACGGCACCUAGUAUACCGGCUGCCAAGUCAAGUAAAAUAGAUAAAUCUAGUACUGUUCAGUGAAUAGAUAACAAAUACUGCAGAAGUAAUGUAGCUUGAGCCUUCUGUACUAGAUGGACAAAGCAAACAAACUACCCCAGGGUCUGGUAGUGUGUGGAUGUUUCAACGGCUGGUUCCGAGCCUGCGAAAUUGAGAAUCAAAUAAUAUAACAGUCUUCCACUGUUAUUCAAACUCGACAUUUUUUUUUACUAUGAUGAGUGAAUUUUUUAUUCCCAUGAAUUAACGAAAUUAGUACGACGCAAAAUCAAUAUUAGUAAACAUAACUUACUUGUCCCUAAGCUUUUUUGUUAGCGUUGGGAGUUGUGAUAGAUACAAUUUAGUAACCCUGAGGCUACCAAAAUAUUGAAGCUGGUACAAAUAUUUUGGGGGUCACUUUCAGGAGGCGGACAUGAAAAUUUUGAGGGGAUUUUCAGAGUACAAAUUGUAGUUUACAGUGUAGCUAGAGUUCAAGCCCAGUACCUCAAAACGAGAGGAACGUUCUCCCCAUCCUCACCACCGAGUUCGCUUUGCAAUCUCCAUAAAAAUUGUUCAUUAAUGUAUUUGUGGCGCAGAACAAGCGUCUGAGUUUCUCUACACCUUCCUAGCCUUUAUCCCGACAUUAAUUCAUGCUUAAUGUAACCGUUGUAGCAGAUUUAAACCAGGCUCAGGAGCUCCUGUAAGGCAUGGUAACCAGAAUUCUAUCAUGAUGUAAUCUUGUGUCCAGCUAUCUCACCUACAGACAGACACUAGGGAGAUCUGAGUGUCAGAUAAGUCGUAAACAGGUUCUGCCGUUUUGAAUUGAUCCCAAGAAAUUUCUACGUGCGACUGCGGUGAAUUGCGGACGCCUUGUGGCCUUCAAUUUAAGUCCCAUAUGACGAGUCGAAACGAAAAAGCUGGAAUAAUUUUUUUGUUACUGUUAUUUUUCUGAACCUAAUCACCUUCUAUUACAGUGUAGUGAGUACUGGGUUACUGUCGGGAAUUUCCCUUACGUUUACUACCGACUACUAGCAACCUACUGUAAACUCUGCCAGCAAGAACACUUUUUACUGUCACUAAGAAAAUGUAAAUUAGAAAUCGACAGUCUUAGAAGUCUAUAUAAAAAGGUAAAUAUACAGUGAGAACCGUGGGUUGUUUGUUGUGUUUAUCUGUCAUAUGUAAGCACGUUUUUCCUCAGUUUUAAAUAUUUUUUAUAGCCUUGUUUUCUCAACUAUGUGUAUACUGUUUCCCGAACUGUCUAGAUAGUCUCGAGGAUAGUCUUAGCAUUUUUUGUAACAUAUGCGUUUACUGAUGAAACCAUUACGGCGAAAAAUGUUGGUAAACUGUUUUGAUUUAAAAAUGUCCCUGUC